AUGGGCAGCCUGUGCUCAAACAUUGAAAAGGACGAUGCACCUGGCGAGAAGGAUGGUCAGGCUAGUAGGGACAUCAAUGCGAAGACCAUCACACGACUCUCUUCCAAAAGGCUGCGGAAGCUUCGACAUCAACGCCAUCACGCUCAUCACCAAAGACACCAAGCAGACAUGGACAAGGGCCAGGAAAUGAUUGAAGCUCACGAGGUAGUCAUCAAUAACAUCUUCAAGAUGCACCGGAAACCCGCCCUCGAUAAGAUGGACGCCAGAAAAAUAGACGGACCUGACGAGUACUUCCACCAAAGAAAGGAAAUCUUGGACCGCGAGAAUACACUAUCUUUUGAUUUUAGCGCAAAGAUGCGGGCAUCAGAGAAGGAGCGGAAAGCCAACGCCAUCAUUCAGAAACUCAAGGUCAAGGACCAUGAGAGCGUGUAUAAACCGGCUGAAAAGAGGCAAGGAUGGGGUGGUCAGAAACAUGCGCGAUUUGCUGCUGACCAUUUCCUAUCCAACGUCGAUUUAAUCAACCAAACGAGUCUAUUCCGAGUUGCCGUCAAGAUGCCAAAGGGAGCACACCUUCAUAUUCAUUUCAACGCCUGCUUACAGCCUCAUGUAUUGCUGGGCAUUGCCGAGACCAUGCCCCGCAUGUUUAUCAAAAGCGAUCUGUCGUUGGCACCGAGCGCGGCAAAGACUAACCUUCACCGUUGUGAAAUCCAGUUUUCCAUCUUGCCGCUCGAAAAGGAAGACGAAGUUAAGGGAAACCUUUUCAAGACCGACUAUCAUCACCGACAAAUGAUGAAAUACUCAGAGUUUAUCAAAGAGUUCCCCAAGCAUUACAACGGCAUGAAGGCCGAGGAGUGGCUAACGAGCAAACUUGUCUUUCACGAAGAUGAAGCACAUAACGCGCUUCAAACAGUUCAGGGAGCAUGGGAGAAGUUCAACGGCCGGACUCGCAUGAUGAAGGGGCUCUUCAACUAUGAGAGUGCAUACCGGAAAUACACACGGGGCAUUCUUGAAGAUUUCGUCCGCGACAACAUUCAGUAUGCCGAGAUUCGGCCUAAUUUCAUGCAGACAAAUCAACUCUGGACUGAUGACGGUACGAGGCAAAUCGACAAUAGGGGUAUCAUGAAAAUCAUCAUAGAAGAAUACGACAACUUUCAGAAGGAGACCAAAGACUACUUUGGCGGGCUGAAGGUCAUCUACUGCACUCCUAGGUCUUUUACCACGGAACUGGUUGCAUUUGCGCUCGACGAGUGUUUCGAAUUCAAGAGGGAAUGGCCCCAGUGGAUCGCUGGAUUUGAUCUGGUUGGCGAAGAAUCGCAAGGUCAUCCUCUGCGACAUUUCGUUACAGAAUUUCUCGCCUUCCGGAAGAGAUGUGAGGAAUCUCAGCCUAAAGUUGACAUUCCGUUUCUCUUUCAUUGCGGAGAGACGACAGACAUUGGCAACGACACGGACGGCAAUCUUGUGGAUGCGCUCUUGCUCAACUCAAAGCGCAUCGGCCACGGAUUUGCUCUGGCCAGGCACCCCUAUAUCAUGGAGCACAUGAAGAAAAGGGGUAUCUGCCUUGAGGUGUGCCCAAUCUCCAACGAGGAGCUUGGUCUCACACCCCGGAUUACGGGCCACUCAAUGUACAACUUGCUCGCCAACAACGUACACUGCACUUUAAACUCAGAUAACGGAACAAUAUUCAGAUCAACUCUUUCACAUGAUUUCUAUCAAGCGAUGGUGGGUAAGACGGACAUGACUUUGCACGGCUGGCGACAGCUCAUUGAGUGGAGUCUAGAGCACUCUUGCAUGUCAAAAGAUGAGCUCGCGAGUGUGCGGAAGGAAUGGGAGAAGCGUUGGGAGCUAUUCUUGCAAUGGAUUCUUGAAGAGUUCAGGGAUUUGUCGUUAGAGAUUCCAGAGUAG